UGGUGGAUUUGAGCUGUCUACCCCAUCCACUAGAGAGCUGGCCAUAAUUGAGCUUGGUGACUUGGAAGACCCAUAUCCCCUUGCGGACUACAUUGUGGAGGGACUACGCUUGGUGAUGUUAAAGAGAUUCAUCAUCGUGAAGGAGUAAAGGUUGUCCCAUAAUGGCAAGCCCUGUUCUCAGAAUCAUCUUUGGGGAUGUGUCAGACUCCAGGAAAAUGCAUCUGGACUCUGGAAUUCCAGCAACAUUAUCAGAACUCCAUAUGUUGGUAAAGACAUUCUUCGAUUUGAAAGAAGACUUCCGUUUGCAGUACAUGGAUGAAGACUUUAAUGCAUUUAUGAACUUAACUUCAGUGUCUGAUGUAAAAGAUAAAGGCACACUGAAAGUGAUAUACAAUCCUAAACCCACACUUGAGGAACAAUUCAUCACUUUGUACCCAGUUGAGACAUCCACAAACAGCAGUGUUUACACUUGCCAAGGAACUUCCAGCCCUGGGCCUUCUUUAGUUUCAUCCUGCAGUGAUGAUACCCUAUACACAUCAACCCCUCAUUCAUCACCAGAUGUUCAACCGACAAGACAGUUUUCCUGGCCCAAUGUGUUUGUGGUCCCUAAAUUCACAUAUGACGUGGAAUUGGAACUCCAGCAGAAAAAUGCAGAAUAUGAAGCAAAUGGCACACUCUUCAAGCCUGGCAUAAAACUGAAGGGAGUCAUCCUUGAUGGAUUAGCUCAAGAAAUGCUGAAAUACACAAAAUAUCCUAAAGACUAUCAAUGUGAAGAGGUGGCAGCAGCACUGACAAGGACCCAUCCUUGUUUAGGGCAGCUAGGAUCUAAGACUGGAUUUUGGGGAUGGAAACAAUCUCUGAAGUACAAAAUGCAAAACUAUCGAACAAAGCUUGGGCGGCUUGGUGAUCCUGAAAUCCGUGUGAAUUCCUUAAAGCACAAACGGGAAGGCCAAGGAAAAACUGCUGCCAACAUCAAAAAACCAAGAAAGGCAGAGGUCUAUUAUGUCCCUUUACCCCCAAAAGGUGAAAGCACUGAAAGCUUGGAAACUGAAAGAGUGGCUCUACUCUCAGAAAUCAAAAAGCGAGACAAUGAAGCAGUGAUAAAAGCAAAAAUGGAAAGAACCUUCUCCCAUAGACGACUAGAGAUUGUGGAACAGAGGCCGAUGAUCAGAGAUUUCAUGAACAGAUGGCCUGCCCUUUUCAAGGAAAGUGAAGUGAAUGCAGAGUUCCUGCGGAUCACUACAAAACCCCUGCAGGCAAAGUUCUUGGCUCAGCUGGACAAUUUAACAGACAAGCUGAUGAAAAUUUUUGAGGGGAGCAAAGGAUCAAAGGGCCAAAAGAUCAAGGAUAUCAUGGCGAUCAGUAGUUUGUGUGAUGACAUCGACAUAAAGAGGGAGCAUACUCUUAAAAGCCUGGUGAUCUACUUUAAUGAAGACCCAGACCUACUGUUCAAGGAGUAUCUGACCUCCUCCACUGAGGAUGAACGGUUGCGAUCCACUGCAGCAACUGUCAUGGGCAUUUACACCAUCCGAAGAGAAGGCGUUCAGGAGCCAGAGGAUGUUGGAGUUGUCAUUGAAGGUCCCUCCACUGGCUCCAGGCAGCUGCAGGGGGUGAUAAGGUUACGACUCUCGUCCCGCCGGAUGUGGUGGUAGCUUGGCAUGCUACUGCGUCCUCCAGAGGUCAGCUACUUCUCGUCCUGGGCCCUGAGGUCCUUCUGGAUUUCUGACACCGUCCGUCCUGGCUCGUCCGUGGCCGCGCACUGGGUCCAAUGGUACCAAGCGUCUCCUUUGCCCUCCAAUCUGACCGCAUGUGAGGUCCUCUCGAUCACCUUGUAGGGACCGGUCCACCUGGGCUCCGUCCACUUUCAUUUGAUGACCUUCAGCAGGACCCACUCGACGGCCUGGCACCGAAGGCGAUGUAUCUGUGGAAUGAGGUUGAGUCCCCACCUGCUGAGAGAACUGUGAGACAAGGCUAUGCAACAGGUUAUAAUAAGUUCUGGAGUCCAGGCUUUUGGUGUCACAGUCAUUGUCAGUCAGAGGUAAUUUGGUACUGAGCCCAGGAAAAGGUCGCCCUGUCUGCAACUCAAAAGGAGUAAAUCCCGUAGUUUUGUUAACAGAGCUUCUAAUGGACAUGAGAGCCAGUGGUAAGGCAUCUAUCCAAGUCAUUUUGGUCUGUGCACAGAUUUUAGCCAAUUUAUUUUUUAUCGUCUGGUUCAUUCUUUCCACCUUCCCUUGGGACUGUGGGUGGUAUACUGUCCCGAACUUAUGUUUCAGACCCAACAUUGUUUCUACUGCCUGUAGAUCUUUGUUUUUGAAGUGGGAACCAUUAUCAGACCUUAUUUUCCCAGGAAACCCAUGCUGUGGAAUACAAUGGUUUAUCAGACAUUUUACCACCGUUUUGCUGUCUUCCUUUCUGGCAGGCCAAGCUUCCGGCCAGCCAGUGUAGGCAUCCACGCAGACCAGCAAAUACCUGUAGCCCCUCUCCCUGUUUACCAUGUCUGUGUAAUCUAUGAUUACUUCAUUUCCAGGACAAGCUGGGAUAGGAAAUCGUCCUUGCAAAGGUUUCAAGGUGGGUUUUAUGCCGUACUGGCAACACUCUGUACAUGUUUUGACCAAAUAUUUUGCCAUAUCUGCGAUGUGAGGAUGCCACCAAUGAGCUAGAUUCUUAACCAUUUGGGCCGGUCCCACAUGUCCCACCCCGUGGGCCUCUUCCAUAGCUGUUUGCCUGAUACCUGGGGGUAGGAUAGGUCUCCCAUCUGGACCUCUCCAGAUACCUUGGGCCUUCAUCGCCCUCCUUGCCACCCAUAGGCUCUUUUCCUGUGGCGACGCUUGUUCUUGUAAGUUGCCUAGGGUUUCUCUUGUCACACGAAUUCUGGGAUCCUGAUCUUUCUUAGGAAGCGGAACCUCAACCACCAUGUUGUAUAUGGGUAGGUAUCCUGCUGCCCGUUUGGCUGCUUUAUCGGCCUCCUGAUUUGCCUGAGACACAAAGUCAGAGCCCUGACUGUGUCCUUUGCAUUUGACUACUGCUAUCUCUAAGGGGAGUAAGAGAGCUUCUGCCAGAUCUUUCAUGUCUUGUUCAUGUCUAAUAGGUUUGUUACUGGCGGUCAGAAAUCCAGCUCGCAGCCAUUGUUUUAGUUCUACGUGAACCGCCCCUACAGCAUAUGCUGAAUCACUGUAGAUGUUAAUUCUAAGUCCUGUUCCUAACCUUAGGGCUUCAACGAUUGCUUUUACUUCUGCUCUUUGUGCGGACUGCAUUCCCACGAGUUCUUCAGCUCUUACUGUUUGCCAACCUGAAGGUGCGUGUUCCACGAUAGCCCAUGCGGCUUUCAGCCCUUGUUCACUGUCUCGGUGACAACACCCAUCAGUAAACCAUUGCUUGUCAGGAUUUUGUAAGGGUUGUGCUUGUAAAUCGGUUCGAACUUUUUCUUCCUCACUAGUUCUUGUUGACAAGAGUGCGGCUCUCCGCCAUUCAUUUGAUCAGCCAUGUUGAUACCUUCGUGUGUGAAGGAAAUAUGAAGAGCUUCUAGGAUAGUGCUCAGUUUCCUCUGCCUCAAUGAGGUCAUGGUAAAUGUUUGGGAUUUCACAUUGGCCACCACGCUAUGGGAUGUUAGUACUUUCAGGGCAGUUUUUUGAAGAAUUUUUGCGAGUCCCGCCACGUGUUGGGUGCAUGGAGGGUGACGCUUUUCAGUGUUAUCCAAUAGUAUGCUAAUAUACAUUAACACUUGUCUCUGUCCCCCUUUUUUCUGGAACAGGAAACCGUUCAUUUAUCCUCCUGAUCCAGAAACGUCCAAAAAGAAAGGGGAAGAGUAAUCUGGGAUAGCAAGGUCGCUCGCUGUGGAAAGACGUUGUUUUAAUUCAAUGAAAGCUUUCUCGGCUUGUUCAGUCCAAUUGAGCUUGGCAGAUAGUUGACGCAUGCCAUGCUCUUUGACGAGUGUGCGAAGAGGGGAGGUCAAACCUGCAUAGUCCGGCACAUAGUUUCUACUGUACUUAGUGAGGCCAAGGAAUGAGAGCAUUUCUUUCACCGUUACAGGUUUUGGAUGGUGCAGAAUGGAGUUUCGGUGUUCAGGCGAAAGGGAGACGCCGUUCUGUGAGAUCAGGCGACCUAGAAAGGAGACCCGUUUUCUUGCUAUUUGGAGUUUAGAUUUACUGUCUUUAAAUCCUAACGUGGCCAGGUGAUGUAGCAUAAUCUGAGUGGCUUGUAGGCAGGAGGUUGCGGAGGGAGCUUACAGAAGCAAGUCAUCUACAUACUGGAUGAGAAUACAAUCUGCGGGUAGUGGGCAUGUUUCCAGCAAGUUUUUAAGGCAUUGGUUAAACAAACCGGGGGACAAGGCGAAACCCUGUGGCAAACGGGUGUAACGCCAUUGCUGUCCUCUGAACGUGAAUGAAAAGAUGUCUCGCAAGGAAUCCCGUCCCAUUUAAAUUUGUGUAUGCCUCCUUGAUCUUUAGGCAGGAAUGGUUUUCUAAGCGCUGGGCCUAACAUUUUGAGGGAGGCUGUCAGUGGAACCGAAUUCUGGAGGUGCUGGGUGCCUGCAUUUUGUUCUAAAUCUUCCGCCUGCGAUUUUGAGGUGCAUCUGGUGAUGAUUGCUCUGAAAUCUCCCAAGGCAAGGUCCUGACCUGUAGUAUAUCUGUCUAAAUCUGCCAGCCAUGCAUUUCCUCCCUCGUUUAUAUCAGGGAGUUUAUCCACCAAGGCUUGGAUAUCACCAAAGGAAUAGGGCUGAUACACCCUUUGACCGUGGGCUUUAGCCUGUAUAAGCAGGUUUUGUGUGAUGGGGGGGUCACCGGCCCCUGUGAACGCUUCUUUGGGCCACGUCGCCUGAAGGGGGUAGGGGAGAACUGGAUUAAUUCUUCGUCUUCUGAAUGUUCUGACUGCUCAUAAACUGACUGCUCACAAAGCUCCGUGUCUGACGGAGUCCGGGUCACAUCAGGAUUGCGGUUGGGUUGGGAGUCUGGUCUAGGUUGACCCGUCAGGGACAUGGUUACCACAACACUUUCAUUUUUGGUUGCAUCAGAUUUAACACUGCCCCUUACUCCUGUUACUAUAGUUACGGAUCAGGAUUCGUUAAUGAAUGGAUUAUUGGGCGAAAUUUUAGGCUCUCCUUGAGACUCAGAAGGAGUCUGUGUAUUGGGUGAAGUCCUAGGCUCACCUUGAGACUCAGAGGGAGCCUGUGAGCAAGGGGUGGAUGUCACCUGAGGGCUGGAUAUAAUCCAGGGAGUGACAUUAGGACAAGGGGUAGAACCUGCCUGUAUUAUCCUGCUUAAUUCGGACAUUAACUGGGCUUGUUCUUCCCGGGCUGCUCUUUGUGAAAAAGGUUGAAAUUGGGCAGAGUCUGAUGCAGAUGGCUCGUCCCCUAUCAUGGAUAGGGAAGAGAUGGGGGUACUGGGUCCCUCGGGUUGGUGCACACGGCCUGUUUUGUUUUCCUGUUUAUAAUCUUCUUCCUGUUCUAUAGACAUUACACCCCCAGUGAUGUUAAUUACUGGAUAGAUGCCAGGCACCGGGGCAGUUGGAGCGGGCUGGGCCGGGGAGUAGGGUGGCGGCAUUAAUUUGGUCACCUUUUUCUGUUUUUUCAUAUUAGUUCUGGCUGUAUUCCAUAACAUGACCCACUGCGUGUAUUUCCCCCUUCUCUUUGCUUGUUUAUCUAUCUCAUUCUUGUGCUUUCUUCUUAAUACUCCUGCCGUCGCUAAUAAUCCACGCGCUUCCUCCUCCUUUUUUCUUGCCUCUUCUGCUUUGUGCCUCCAAAUCAUUCCCCAGUUCCCUGAACUGUUCAUAUCCUUGCCUUUGUUCAAUCAAUCAAUCAAAUUUUAUUUGUAUAGCACCUUCUACAACAUUAUCCGAAGCCCAAGGUGCUGAACAACAUCAUUAAAAGAAAAACAUUCCCAAUACAUGGGCAUAAAAGCAGGAUAAAAACAUAAAAUCAUAAAAUAGCAAGCAAACAGCAUUACAGAUAAGAGAUAUUGGAAUAAGACCAAUCGAUAAAAAAAAAAAGUCGGACAAAAUAAAAUCAAGCAUCCGGUUUAAAAAGGAGAAUAGUUAAAACCAUAAUGUUAGGGCAAUUCAAGUGAACCUAGCGCUGAAACGCAAUCAGAUAAAAAUGAGUCUUUAAACGAGACUUAAAGACUUGAAGGGAUGGUGCCUGCCUAAUGCUCAGUGGCAAUUCGUUCCACAGAGUUGGAGCCAAAAUAGAAAAAGCACGACUACCCCUCGAUCGAAAUUUCGACCGGGGGACCACCAGAAGUUCCUGCUCGGCUGAGCGAAGAGACCGAGAUGGAGCAUACCUGUUCAAAAGCGCAGUAAUGUACGAGGGGGCACUGCCCUGGAGGGCCUUAUAAACGAGAGUUAAGAUUUUAAACUGAGCUUGAUAUUUUACCGGGAGCCAGUGCAGAGCAUCCAGCACUGGGGUAAUGUGCUCUCGACAUCUAGUGCCUGUCAGGAACCUAGCCACAGAGUUCUGCACAAACUGUGUUGCGAGUCCCCACAUGCCAAAGACAGUGGCAAGUACGGGGUCAAAAGGUGAGCCACACUGGACUGGCUUGUGCGAGCAAAAUCAGCCAGCCAACAGGAGCUGUGCUGCAGGUCAAAAAACUGUGGUCAGAAACAAGGGUCACACAAAGGUCAGGAGACUGACCCAACCUCUUUGCCCCACCCCUGGCUUGGAAAGAUGGGAUUGGAGGAGAACAGAGUGAAGACAAGCCCAUCAGAUCCAGAAGCCCUCUCGGGAACAUUGGAGAGAAACUGAAGAAUGUUGCAAAAGAUGAUGUAAUGACCUGUGUUAAGAAGAAUGCUGCAUGUAGUGAAAAUGACACCAAAUGUUUUGUGUUGAGCUACAAAGUGUGUAUCUGGUAAAUGACCCCAUGACCUUAAGCUGGCCCAGGAAGGGUAUAUAAGAACAGCUCUGAACAGCAGAGAGAUAGAUUCGGAGAUUCGACAGCAGCUGGGGCAGGCGACAAGAAGAGACAGAGCAGGCUUGGAGGGGUCAUCCCCUGUCCCCCUGGAUGGGGGAUGACAGGCAGUUUUUUGGAGAGAAGCAGAGCUUAGAGGGAGGACUCUUGGAAGAGGAGAUUUGGGAGAGUUUUGGGGAGAUUCUGAGAAGACAAGAGCUGGUGUAAACUAACUCUUAUUUAAUCAUUUUGAACUAAUUCCUCCUUGGGGGAUAGCAGUUGUUUUUUAUUUACCCAUUUUUGUAUUUUGAUUUUGUAAUAAACCUUUUUUGAAAAAGAAACAUAAUCCUGAUUCUUUCAGGUUUUCUCUAAAGCUUCACGUUUGGAGCCCUGGCCAUAAAUUGCACAGAGGUAAGCAUAUUGAUGAUCGGUCUCUGAAUUAUCGGGACUUACUUUAUAGUUUAUAAUAGAAUAAUAUAAAGAAACCUUAAGAUAAGGGAAGUUUUAACUUCCCCCUCCUUGCGAGUAACGAGUUGUCUUAAGGGCGAUAAAAGCAGAAUAUUCGAGGUUAUUUUGGCUCUGAUUGCAGGUUGAAAAAGUCUCUAAUCAGCUGGAAGGUUGGAUAAAUAAAUAAAUUGAUAAACUUAUGAUAGCCUGAUCAACUAGCAUAAAUCAUUUUAUAGUUACCAACCUCCCACAUAAGCUUUUAGAGGCGCAAUUAAUUCCGGGUAACCCAAACAAUUGCUGAGAGGCUUGGCUUGCCUCCAGACUUCUCUCUAGUAUCUUAACCAAAAGGUAACGAGUUUAAAAGAAGUGUAGUACUCUGGGGCUGGCUAUUCGUGCAAGUCAUUUCACCUUUAAAAUAAAAGACAAGAUUCUAAUUAGAUGGUCCAAACCAGGAUCUAGUACAAUUAUACUCGCCGACAUCCCCUCAAACCCUGAUGGAUGCACCGUCUCAUAAGUUCUAACGGAACUGGGUUUUAAAGGAACCGGUAAAUGGGACGGGCACGCGACAACUGGAGCCGUGCAACCGUGCACUGGGCCAGACCAGCAUACAGAGCGUUGCAGUAGUCCAGCCGAGACAGGACGAAGGCAUGCAACACAGACUCCAGAUGAGCUCUGGACAGCAGAGGCCUAAUCCUGGAUAGUCUUUUCAGGUUAAAGAUACAUGACCUCACCACUGUAUUUACAUGAGUGUCAAGAUUAAGUGCUGAGUCGAUUUUAAUCCCCAAAUUUGUUCAUUAACAACUUCUCCGCUGUCUUUCUUAACAAUUUUCUUUGUUCUGUCGCUGUAGCUGGGUCAUUGGUGGCAUUAAGUACUGUUUCUACACAGGCUAACUGUUAUCCCAGAGAGCUCAAAACCUCGUUAGGACCCCACCCAUCAUCGGUCAUUUCUUGAUCGAUUUCACCCUCCAUGUUGUGACUUGGAUUUUUGUUGGUGGCAAUUUGGACCAGUGAGGUCUCAGCUCCUAGGGAACUCUAAUCACUGGUGUUUGUGAGACAGCACUGAAAAACCGUUGUGGUAACUUCCGCUUCUACCUUUCCAGGUGGGAAUUUCUUACCUGUGAAUCCACAAGGGCAUGCUGUAUUGUUCUCACUUUAAG